AUGGACGACGGCCGGAACCCCGACCAGGCUCUGUGGGUGCAGUACGAGUCCGCGUCCAAGAAGGUGCCCGUGAACGGGUGUUUGGAUGUUGGUCGCUGGCUCCGAGAUGUGAAGGCGGCUUUUGUGCCGGGUCUCGAGAAAGUUUCCGUUGCACGCUUGGAGCUGUACGCUCAUCGGGGAAGUGGCAGCCCUCAAGAGCUUGGUGCCGACAAUUUGGAGUUGUUGACCAGUGGCAAGAAGCUCUCAAAGCUAAUAUCUCUGGGACGAGGUUUACAACAGGAUGAUGCAUUUCAUCUCAGGAUAAAGAGGGAUUGCAAAGGCAGGAAGACGGAAGCAGACGCUUGGGGUGGAGACACUGACCUCGCAUUCGCUGCCGAAGCAGCUGCAUCUGCGGCACGUUUGCAGACUGAUGUCGUUCUUUCGAAAGGGAGUGAUGGCCAUGCAGGAUACUGGUGUGAAGCGUGCAAGGCGCAUUGUUGUUCUGCGACGGCAUGGAAGCAGCAUUAUGGCAGCAAGCAGCAUCAGCGCCUUCGAGGCCGAGGCCCUGUAAAGUGUGUUGGGGGUGAGGCCUGCCCAGAGGAUGCGAAUCCCUGGUCGAGGGGUAUGGCAGCGCUGGCACAAUUUCCUCUUCGCCGCGGGGGCACGCUGGAUGUGUCCACAAAGUUCUUUGAUUUGGCGGACUCUCAGAAGGCGCUUCUGAGACUGUAUCUUGCUAGCAGCUUCAACGGCGAGAAGGAGCUUCUCAAAGCCUUCGACGUUCUGUUGGAGAACUCGGCUGAUCAUCUGCGAAUCAAAGAGUUAUUUGAGACGAUCGAAAUUUGGAAGAAGGUGGUUUCGCACCUGCAGCGCUGCAACGCCAUGCGGAAAGCGCGCGGUGUGGCGGCUAUCGCUCGGAUCUACGACGUAGGAAGCGGGCAUGGGCUGCUGGCUGUCCUCUUGGCAUACCGUUUCCCGAGCACAGAAGUUGUCGCUGUAGACCUGGAGAAGCGAGCAGGCUUCGAGCGCUACGUAGACGCCGUGAACAGCUUUGGCUCCUGUGUAGGUAGCAACACGACUUGCCUCUCCAACCUCUCAUUUGUGAUCAGCAGUUUUGAGGAUUUUGAAGGUUUGAGACAAAACGCCUCUACAACCAGUGGUCUCAGCACCUCUACCGGUGGUCUUGCUUAUGUUUGUGUACACGGCUGCAACGAGUUGAACUUUGCAGUGCUCCGACGCGCCACAGAGAAACUCGCUGCUUGGCUUGUUGUGCCAUGCUGCAUACGGGAUGGCCUUACAGACAUCUCCGUGCGAUGCGGUGGCAAAGAUGGUGGAGAGGUAGGAGACGAUUCCCGACACGCAAUCAUGUGCGGCAUCGCAGCUGCGCAGCACAAGGCAGUUGCAAUAGUGGCUGUCGACCGUCGCAUCACCAAUCGCCACCUGAUCAUUGAAGGGGAUGCAUCAGCAUAA